AUGGAGAAACUGUCGGCGUCUGCUGAUCGGACACCACUGAGGCCGCAGCGAAGGGGACCAACCGAGGGAUGGUCCAUCCCGGCCACAAGUGUGGUCCUUACGGUCUUCCUGGUUUCGCUGUACCACGGUUUACCGAAGAGCUAUGUCACUCUUACGGACGGUUACAAGCAACUGUCAACUUAUGGGAUAUUCCCGGUCCCUGGCGACCCUUUCCACUUCCUCCCGUGCACAAACGCGACGGUGUCGCCAUCGCUUGAUGACUCCAAUCCCGAGCAAAGCUGGGCGCAUCUUUUUGACCCUAACCCUGACCAAUGGAGCUGGGGCAACGCGACGAAGAAAGAAAAUGCCACGAAAGAUCCGUAUUCUGGCCGCGGCAUCUACCUGUGCGGCUAUCUGGACGUUCCACUUGACUACACCAACAAGUCCGACAGCCGUAUUGUUCGGCUUGCUGUCACCAAAUACCAAGUAUCCGGCCUUGCCCGUAUCAAUGUGGACCGGGGAGCCAGAGCGGCUCCACGGCAAGGGGCUAAGAGCGAGAGAACGAUCGUCAUUGAGCCGGGCGGCCCUGGCGGAAGUGGCACCAAUUACGCGUGGCGAGUUGCUCAGGACGUGUCGAGGCGAUUCAGCGAUGGGAAGUUUGAUGUCCUGGGAUGGGAUCCUCGCGGUGUCAAUGCCACCCGCCCAGCCAUCGCGUGCUUUCCCUACGACGCCGACCGCGAUCGCUGGUCUCUGCUUACAGGGCAAUACCGCGAGAUCGCCGGCUUGCCAGAAGCCCAACUUGAGCUUGCUGAUGCGAUGAACGAAGCUAGAUUCCGCGCGUGCUGGGAGCGGCACGGUGAUCUGCCUCGAUUCGUCAGCACUGCUUUUGUUGCUCGCGACAUGGAGGAGAUACGCAAGGCCCUUGGAGAGGACGAGUUGACAGGUUAUCUCGUCAGCUACGGCACAGGAAUUGGCCAGACAUAUGCCAAUAUGUUCCCUGGCAGCAUGCUGUACGAGCUCGAAGGCGGAAACUCAACGCUUGCGACAGAAAUGCUCGAGAAAGUAGAAUGGCAAUACGAUCCGACACUGCCAUCGCCGCCUUCCCCCAAGCCCUCAUCCGACGAGCUGGGCCAUCUGGUGGUUUGUGCGGAUUCCUACGAUGCUCCGGAACCGCCGGAAGGUCUGAUCUGGUGGCAAGACCUGUGGGCCAAUAUGACUUCCCAGACGUGGAUAUCAGGCAACUCGCGCUUCUUCAAUGUUCUUCCUUGCCGGCAUUUCACGACCUACUGGCCUAAGCCAGCUGAGGUUUAUCGCGGAGACCUGAACCACACCUUGAGGAACCCAGUGUUGCUGAUCGCGGAGACAUACGACCCCGCCACGCCUCUGCGGAAUGGGAGAAGAUUGGCUGCCGAGAUGGGUAGCAAUGCGAGAUUAAUCGUCCAUCAUGGCUAUGGCCAUUCCUCUAAUAGGGACUUGUCCUCAUGCACCAAUGCAAUCGGGAAGGCGUACAUCUUAGAUGGCAAAUUGCCUGACGAACCCGAGACGGCUUGUUUCGCAGACGAAAAACCGUACCUAUACGGUGUCAAGGGAGAGUCGGACGUUGCCGAUGAUAUUUUAUCCCACGAUGAUUACCUUAGGAUGUGGUCGGAUCACGUUCAGGACCUGGCUGGGUGGAACCCGAGGCUACUACGUAACUGA